CAUAUUUUCUAUGAUGCAUAUAGUGUUUUUCCCAGGCCAUUUUAGCGUGGCGAGAACGCCGCCCUCCUGGAUCGCGAUCAGUUUACUCGCAAUGGUAUCAUCGAUUGUUAGCCACAAGGUUGCAUUGCUUCUAUAACCCAGUACAGUAGCUCACUUCAGCCUAGUGUUUGAUUGUGAGAGGUUGUGGUUUCUCAAAGCUGGCGGUUGAUUAAAUCAAGGACUUGUUAUCUCUGAGGAUUGAAAGGCACAUUUGGCCAGCUGUGAAUAAUAGGAAUGGAAAAGUGCGGUGUAUGUGGCAUUGAAGUGAAACUGUCAGAAAUGCAGAAGCAUGUAGAGGAAUUCUGCCCAAAAAGCGUAAGACAGUGCAGUGACUGUAGUGAAAUGAUAGCAAGAGAGAAUAUGGAAGCCCACCAAGCAAGCCAUAGGAGCAUCAUGUGCCCAGCCUGUCCCCAAGGCACUGCAGUAGAUUUGGAGGCAAGUCAGGACAAUGUUAAUAGAGAGAUGCACAGUAUGCAUGUGUUAAGUGCUCUAAAUACUGAGGAGACAAGCGAUACACGUCAUUUGAUGGCUGAGAUUGUUGACUUGAAGAAGGACAUUCACCAGAGAAUUGGGGCACUAGAGAUAACAAUCCAGGGCUUAAGUUCUAGUGAACUAAAUAUAGAGCAACUAGUUUGCCAACUUUUCGAACAGUUGGAACAAACUCUUAACAGUGCUAUGGACACCAAGCUUGAGGCAUGUGAGACAAAGGCACUUACUUUGAGAGACAACCUGGAAAAGACAAUUUCUUACUUAAACGAACAGAACAAUGACCUUCAAAACUUAAAAGAUAUUCAAGACACUAACAUGCAGAGGAUCAAUGCUUUGGAGAACACAAUGAAGGUUAGAGAGGCAAGCAUUAUCGAGUUAGAACAGAUAUUUAUGGACAAUAAUCCCUUGGUGAGCUAUAAUGGGGUGUUCAUAUGGAAGUUCACUGAUUUUUUAUGGAAGCAGCAAGAAGCACAACAAGGGAGAAACGUAAGCCACUAUUCCACUCCAUUCUUUACAAGCAGGUUCGGCUACAAAAUAUGUGCUAGACUGUACCCAAAUGGAGAUGGAAUGGGCAAAGGUACUCACUUGUCGGUGUUUUUCGUUGUUAUGAAGGGGGAAUAUGAUGCUCUGCAGGAAUGGCCCUUUAAACAGCGGGUUACUUUUUGCCUGCUGAACCAAGAAAGGGGAAGCCAUGUAGUGGAUUCCUUCCGACCUGACCCAACAAGUUCCUCGUUCCGUCGUCCACAAAACUAUAUGAACAUUGCCUCUGGAUGCCCUCUGUUUGUGAGACUGGAUGCGCUUGUAAGCACUCGCAAUGGGCUGUUGAAAGACGAUACAAUCUUCCUGAAAAUAAUUGUGGAUAGUGCUGGUGUCCGUGAUCCUUCAUCCCCAAACAUUGCCUGCUGAAUCAAGAAAGGGGAAGCCGUGUUGUCGAUUCAUUCCGACCUGACCAAACAAGUUCCUUGUUCCGUCGUCCAUAAAACAAUAUGAACGGGAUGCUCUCUGUUUGUGAGAAUGGAUGCACUUUUGAACCCAAGCAGUCGAUUAGUAAAAGACGAUACCAUCUUCUUGAAGAUUACUGUGGAUAGGAUGGACAUCCGUGAACCUGGAUCUUCCAAGUAAACUGAAUAUAUUGGGAUGGAAUUUGUUCCAAAGCAUUGAUGCAUUUUCUGUAAGUUUCAUUAAAAAAACACGAAUUAAAUGAAGUUUUCUGAAGGAAUGUUGCCUAAAUACAGCUACAGCUAAAAAUAAAACUUGCCCUGUUAUUAUUCCUUUUCACUUAUAGAAAAUUAAGUUUUCACCUUAAUUACAAAAUUAUAAAAUACCACCUAGGUGUAUAGCUAGUUUAUGUAAGAAAUAGAAGUAUUUUUAUGUCCCCCACCACUAUAGUGGGGGACAUAUUGCUUUUGCCCUGUCUGUUGGUUUGUUUGUGCAAACUUUAACAUUUGCAAUAAUGAAGAUAGCAACUUCAUAUUUGGCAUGCAUGUGUAUCUCAUGGAGCUGCACAUUUUGCAUGGUGAAAGGUCCAGGUCAUCCUUCAAGGACAAAGGUCGAAUAUAUGGGGACAUAGUGUUUCACAAACACGUCGCUUGUUGUCCCCUACCGGUUUCACCGGAGGGGAAUUAUGGUUUGCGCUCUGUCUGUCAGCCUGUCUGUCAGUCAGUCUGUCCGUCACACUUUUCUGGAUCCUGCGAUAACUACAAGUUCUUAAUAUUUUUUCAUGAAACUUGUAACAUGGAUCGAUGGCAAUAUGGACAUUAUGCACGUCAUUUCAUUUUGUUCCUACGUCAAAAAUUGUGGUUGCUAUGGCAACCAAAAAAAAAUAAAAAAAUAAAAAAUUCUUAAAAUAGUGGAAUUUCUGACUAUGGUGGAGCCGGAAGGGGACCAUAUUGCUUGACAAUAGCCUUGUUCAUUUUAUUCUUUGAGAUUAUUACGUUUGUGUUCAUUUCCAAUCUAGUUUAAGAUACUGUUAUACUGUUUUUUAUUGCAGUAUUUGUCUGAACAUAAACAAAAAGUACAAUGUAUUGUAAGAUUGGAGUAAUUAUGAUUGAAGCGGGUGUGCUGUAUUUAAGUAUGGGGAAUUGAUAUUGUUGAACAUUGCUAUUAUUUUGUUGGAAAAAAAGUAUGUUAACAUUUGGAAGGUAAUGUUAUAAUUUACAAAUGAAGUUUAUGCUUUUAUUAGCUCACCUGAGCACAAUGUGCUCAUGGUGAGCUUGUGUGAUCGCCUUUUGUCCGUCGUGCGUUGUGCGGCGUGCGUUGUGCGGCGUCAACCUUUGCCUUGUUAACUCUCUAGAGGCCACAUUUAUUGUCCAAUCUUCAUGAAAUUUUGUCAGAAGAUUGGUCUUAAUAAUAUCUUGGAUGAGUUACGUUUGCUUGAAAAACAUGGCUGCCAUAGGGCGUGGCAUUUUUCCUUAUAUGGCUAUAGUAAAAUCUUGUUAACACUCUAGAGGCCACAUUUAUUGUCUGAUCUUCAUGAAACUUGGUCAGAAGAUUCAUCCCAAUAAUAUCUUGGACUAGUUUGAAAAUGAUGCCGGUUGGUUGAAAAACAUGACCGCCAGGGGGCGGGGCAUUUUUCCUUAUAUGGCUAUAGUAAAACCUUGUUAACACUCUAGAGGCCACAUUUAUUUUCCGAUCUUCAUGAAACUUUCUCAGAAGAUUUGUCCCAAUGAUAUCUUGGAUGAGUUCAAAAAUGGUAACCUUUGCUUGAAAAACAUGGCUGCCAAGGGGCGGGUCAUUUUUCCUUAUUAACUAUAGUAAAAUCUUGUUAACACUCUAGAGGCCACAUAUGUUUAUAUUGCGAUCUUCAUGAAACUCGGUCAGAAGAUUCAUCCCAAUAAUAUCUUGGACGAGUUCAAAAAUGAUGCCGGUUGGUUGAAAAACAUGGCUACCACAGGGGUGGGGCAUUUUUCCUUAUAUGGCUAUAGUAAAACCUUGUUAACACUCUAGAGGUCACAUUUAUUUUCCGAUCAUCAUGAAACUAGGUCAGAAUAUUUGUCGCAAUGAUAUCUUGGAUGAGUUCGAAAAUGGUUUUGGUUGCUUUUAAAACAUGGCCACCAGGGGGCGGGGCAUUUUUCCUUAUAUGGCUAUAUAUGGCUAUAGUAAAACCUUGUUAACACUCUAAAGGCCACAUUUAUUUCCAAUCUUCAUGAAAUUUGGUCAGAAGAUUGGUCACAAUGAUAUCUUGGAUGAGUUUGAAAAUAAUUAUGUUUGCUUGAAAAACAUGGCUUCCAAGGGGCGGGGCAUUUUUCCUUAUAUGGCUAUAGUAAAAUCUUGUUAACACUCUAGAGGCCCCAUUUACUGUCCGAUCUUCAUGAAACUUGGUCAGAAGAUUAAUCCUGAUAAUAUCUUGGACGAGUUCAAAAAUGAGGCCGGUUGGUUGAAAAACAUGGCUGCCAGGGGGCGGGGCAUUUUUCCUUAUAUGGCUAUAGUAAAACCUUGUAAACACUCUAGAGGCCAUUUAUUUUCCGAUCUUCAUGAAACUUGGUCAGAAGAUUUGUUCCAAUAAUAUCUUGUUAUCUGAGGUGAGCGACUUUGGGCCUUUCAGGCCCUCUUGUAUUUGUUUAUUUGUUAACCAACCACAAACAAGGCGUACAUGUAUAUAGAAAUGGUAGGUUUCAUUCUGUCCGUGUGUGGGUCCAUCUGUCACAACUUCUGUGGGCAACUACCCUCUCAUUUUGCAUGUGAAUUUCGUCAAAUUUUUACAUAUUACAAGUCUCCAAGUGUAUGUUGUUAAGGUUUUGCAAUUGCGUAUUUAUGCCCCCGGAUUGAAUGAUCGGUGAUAUUAUUGUUUUUGGCCUGUCUGUCUGUCAUUGUAUGUGUCUGUCUGUCUGUCACAAAACUUUCACCUUGGUCAUAACUUUUGCAAUAUUGAAGAUAGCAACUUUAUAUUUAGCGUGCAUGUGUAUCUCAUGGAGCUGCACAUUUUGAGCGGUGAAAGGUCAAGUUCAAAGGCCAUUUUUUUCUGAAAUAGCUGCCAUGCGGCUUCAAAGCGGCGCAUUAGGGGGCAUUGUGUUUCACAUACACUGCUUUUUUUCUUUAAGGAUUUAUUGCCUUUGUUAAAAAUUACCUUUUAAAGGUUCUGUGACCAUUUUUUGUGAGAUUUUUGACAAACCUUUACAUAAUAAUUAUCUCUAAGUGCUACAGUGCAUAAUGUUAAGGUUUCUCAAUUU